UGCACUUUUACAGGUGACCAGAGCCUGCUAACUACCACAAUGCGGGCUUUUCUCAGAUACAUAUGGAUGUACCGUAGGCUUUGCUUGAUUGUACUUACACCAUUACUAUUGCUGCCUGUGCCACUUAUCCUUAAAUCAAAAGAAACAGAAUGUGCUUAUGUGCUUUUUGUAGUUGCCAUUUUCUGGCUCUCAGAAGCUUUGCCCCUUUCUGUGACUGCUUUCCUUCCAGCUUUGAUGUUUCCACUGUUUGGAAUUCUACCAUCUAAAGCAGUUGCAGCUACCUAUUUCAAAGAUUUUCAUCUCUUGUUGACUGGGGUAAUUUGUUUGGCAACCUCAAUAGAAAAAUGGAAUUUACACAAAAGAAUCGCCCUAAGAAUGGUCAUGUUAGUGGGUGUAAAUCCUGGAUGGCUUAUGCUGGGAUUUAUGUUUAGUGCUGGAUUCCUGUCCAUGUGGCUUAGCAACACCUCAACGGCUGCCAUGGUGAUGCCAAUAGUGGAAGCUGUAGCACAGCAAAUCAUAAAUGCAGAAGCAGAAGUAGAUGCAAUGCAAACAGGAUCAACAGGUGGCAUAGACAAUGAGGCUUUAGAACUUGAUGAAAAAAACUGUGAGAGUCAGCCAAAAAGUUCUGAAUUGAAACCUGUUAAUGGAUACAGUAAUGGUUGUGUUACAAGUUAUAAUACUGAAACAAAGGCGGCAAUGGAAGAAUACCAAGAAUACCAAAAUGAAGCAUGCAGUGAACUGAAAACAGAAUUAGAAGAGGAACAACCAGUUUCAUCAGACAAGAAAAGAUACAGGUGUAAAAAAGACCACAUGAUGUGCAAGGCAAUGGGUCUCUGUAUAGCCUAUUCAUCAACAAUUGGAGGACUCACCACAAUUACAGGAACAUCAACAAACUUAAUCUUUGCUGAGCAAUUCCAGUCGCGCUACCCAGGUAGCACAGACAUAAAUUUUGGAACAUGGUUUAUUCUUUGCAUUCCGAUCGCUGUUAUUCUAAUGAUUCUUUCAUGGAUUUGGUUACAGUGGCUCUUCUUUGGAUUUGACUUUAAGGAGAUGUUCAAAUGUGGCAAGGAAAGGACAGACAGAGAAAAAGCUUCAGCAAAAGUAAUUAAGGAUGAAUAUGAAAAGCUUGGGCCAUUAAGCUAUCAAGAAAUUAUUACUCUCAUACUGUUUAUAUUAAUGGCUUUACUAUGGUUCACCAGAGAUCCUGGUUUUAUUCCUGGAUGGGCUACUCUGUUUCCAAAGUAUAUGGGUUAUGCUACAGAUUCUACAGCUGCCUUGCUUUUGGGCCUUCUGUUCUUCAUCAUACCAGCAUAUCCAUGGAUUCGGGGAACCAAAGACAAAAGCAAUUCUUUUAGCUACGUUCCACUCAUCACUUGGAAGGAAUUUCAGGCCUGUAUGCCAUGGGAUAUUUGUAUACUUGUUGGUGGUGGAUUUGCCCUGGCAGAAGGUUGUGAGGUAUCUGGUCUAUCUCAGUGGAUAGCUAACAAGAUGACUCCACUUGGGUCAUUGCCAAUAUGGAGUGUGAUUCUUAUCUCAAGUUUAAUAGUUACAACAGUAACUGAAGUGGCAAGCAACCCAGCUACAAUCACAAUCUUCUUGCCUAUUUUAGCACCUUUGGCUGAAGCAAUAAACGUAAAUCCCCUUUAUAUCCUCAUUCCCACAACUCUCUGCACCUCUUUUGCCUUUCUACUUCCUGUAUCCAACCCACCAAAUGCUAUUGUGUUUUCCUAUGGUCAUCUGCAAGUUAUGGACAUGGUGAAAGCUGGCCUUGGAAUUAAUAUCAUGGGUGUUCUUGUGGUAAUGCUGGCUAUCUCAACAUGGGCAGUUCCAAUGUUCAAUCUAGAUACUUAUCCUUCAUGGGCACCUAUCAUCACUGCUCCUACAAACAGUACUGUAAUACCAUAAAAGAAUUUGGAAAAUGUAAUUAAUUUUCUGUAUAAACCAGUACUCAUUUACUGCUCUAUAAA